AUGGUUAACAACAAAGUAGUAUAUAAGACACGAGUGGUGUUCAAAGUCAUGGACUUUGCAAAACAUUUGGACACCGAUUGGAUGAAUAAAAAAACUAUUGAUAGCAAUAAGUUUAUGAUUGGAUCAGUGGAUGAAUGGUAUUGUAAAAUUCAGUGGAAUUUUAACUAUGUUUGUCUAUAUUUAAUAUUGUCUGAUAAUAAUGGACUACCAAUUGAAAUACAAUACCAGAUAUACAUCAUUGACAACAAUAACCAAUUGUUUGACAAAAGAUUAAUUGAACAAAAGUUUUUUAAUAAUGAUUAUAAUUUAGUAACAAAGUUCAGAAAACAACAAUUAAUGGACAAUAAGGACCUACUAUUGAUGGAUAACACACUUACCAUUGGUUUAGACAUAACUGUCUACAAGAGAAACAAUAGUCACCAAAAUUGUGGCGCAAAAUAUCUUCGUUUUGCACAAUUGUUUUCAAUGAAAGAGUUCAGUACUUGUCGUCUGAUUGUCGGUAAUAAUGAUAAGAAAGAGUUUUCUGUCUCGAAGUUUGCACUCAGUUUGGAAUCAGAAGUCUUCGAGAAGAUGUUUACCACUGAUUGCAAUGAGAAGAAUACUAAUGAAGUGAUUAUCGAUGACGUGGACAGCAAUGUCUUCGAACAGUUUCUUCAGUAUCUUUCCAGCGGAAUGUGUGACAAAUUAGAUGAAAUGACUGAUGAGUUGCUAUACAUUGCCGACAAAUAUAUGGUAUCGUCACUGAAGACUAUUUGUCUUAAUUUGAUUUUCAUGCGAAUCAAUACAAACAAUGCACUGAAAACAUUGAAACUCUUUCAAGACUUCGGUGCCGACGAAGUGUUGAUGAAAAAGGUUAACGACUUUAUCGGCGAAAACAUGACAUCAAUGAUAUUUAAAGAGUAUUUCGAAAAACUAGCCAUUGAUUCGUUAUAA